AUGACAUCUACUAAUAAAUCAAUUUCCCACCUACCGAUUUUGCAUAAUCCAUUCCUUAAUUGUCUUUUUAACAAUCCACAAUACUUCAAAUCGCCACUCAAAGGUGUCGUGGAUGAAUUGCAAUCCAAUCACACAAACUUUACCAUAUUAGUACCUCCAGCCCAUGUAUUAAAUGAAUAUUAUGACCCAACCACAGAAAGCUCAAAUUCAAAGACACUUUUAAAGGAACUAUGUUAUAACAAUGAAGAUUUCAUUAGAUCACAUAUCAUAAAUACAGCAUCACCCGUUUCUUCCACUAUUACUCCUAUUUCAAAGGAGCAACUGGUUAUUUAUAACACUUUGAACAAUAAACAAAUUCUUAUUAAAAAUAGAAUCAUAUACACUGGCAAAGGAUUUAGGCGAAGCUUGAAAUUGAAAACUUUAUCGAUACAAUACUUUAGUUCCUUCUGCGACUAUUUCCCCAAGAGAAGCAAGUUUAUGAUCAUCUAUAUCGAAAGUACUUUGUUUGGAGGCAUUCCACCAAGAAAGAUGUUACCUCCGCUUCCAGAAGUAAGAGAAACAAAUAAAACCGACAAGGACAUUGAUUCAGUAACAUUUGAAAAAUUAUUGAGAAGUUUCCCAUUGUUGUCUAAAGCUGUAAGUGACAAGUUUUAUCGAUUAUUUCACCAUAACAAUUAUCAAUUUCGGGUGCUAAGGUACAAGAAUCGUAAGAAAUUGUCUCAUAUUAAACUUGAAUUUCAGAAAAUAUUGCAGGAAGCCUUUAGUAUUAUACUGGACAGUGUCAAUGUGGAUAACCCAAACAGCGAACAAACCUAUAAUUUAAUAAAUCAUAUAAUCAGCAUGUACCCAGGGAUAGAUUUAAAUAAAUUGGUGCAUGAAUAUGUUGAACUCAACUUGUAUGAUGUACUAUGGUCACAAUUGAUUUUCCAGUUUAAUUGCCCCAAUGAUGAUAAAGAAGCUUACGAUCCAGAAGCGAUUCUUAUUCUCACCAAGGAAAAAUAUGAAAAAUUAUCGUGUUUGUCCUUAAAUCAAUUGGAUAUUCCUGUAAAUAAGCCGUGGCUUAUGAAUGAAUUACAUGAACGUAUUUCCUUAGGUGUCCAAGAGUUUGAGAAGUUGGCAGAUUCAUCUAUCAUGAACCUGGCCGCCAAAACUCAAGUUGUUUACAGCACAUUUCGAAUACUUACACAGAGGAAAAAUGGUAACAUCGAUCCAGUAAUAAAUGCAGACACUUUGAUUGGACUUUUGAUAAUGGUUAUGGUACAUUCCAAAAUUGAAAAUAUUGAAGCCCACAUUUACUACAUUAAGCAUUUCAAUUCCAUUGAUAAUACUAACGAUGGCCAGUUCAACUAUAUCAUGAGUAAUUUGGAUGCAGUAUUAUUUCAUUUUUCGAAAAAGGAAUCUGGGUAUUUAGAUUUGAUUGAGAAUUCUAAAAAAAACUAUGAGAUAUGGAAUGCCAUUAAAAAUAAUGAUUUGGAGAAAGUAGAAUCAAUUAUAGAAUUGGUUAAUAAUGAGUAUCCAGAAACUGAAUUACCUGAGAAUCAUUUUCUUAAAAGCAAAAAUAUCAAUGGUGAAAGUUGUUUAAUGUUUGCAAUAAAGACAAAGAGAUAUGAAAUCUAUGAUUGUUUGAUUAAUCUGAAUCCCAACUGGAUACCCAUAGAUAGUAUUCUAUUUGAAAAAAAUGUUAUGACCAACCAAAACUUGUUGAUGUGUGCAUUAAUAGAAGAAACUGACUACAAGAUUAUUGAUGAUUUAGUCGACAUUAUUUUGAAUAAUGCUACAUUGGAAGAACAAACAAUGUACUUCAAUAUGACUGACAUUUCCGGAAGAAGUGUUGGCCAUUAUUUGUUUCACAACUACAAGCUUAUAUCAAAAAUUGGCCAUUUGAUUGAUUGGGAAAAAAAGGACAAUAACUCACAUACACCUUUGUUUAGCCUUUGUAGAUGUUACGACCAUCCUGAGUACGUUGAAUUAAUUAGAGCUGGGUUUAAUUGUGUCUACAAAAAAUAUGGUGAAACAGGUGUUGACUAUGACAAACAUGUUGAUAAAUCAGGAAACACGCUAUUGCAUGUUCUUCUCAAGGGUAUUCCAGAAUCAAAAAUGUUAUCAAACUCAAAUAACUUGGUGAAUGUGAAUCAGCUCAACCAGCGUUGCCUAUCUCCUUUAAUGGUAUAUGUAAAGUACAACAGAUUAGAAAACUUGAAAGAAAUAUUACACGAUUCCCGACUCGAUUUUUUAGGAGAAGAUUUCAAGAAUUAUUAUAAUGUUUUUGAUUAUUUGAGUUUUCUGGCAUUGAAAUCUACGAAAUCUGAAAACUUCCAGAAUAUUGAGAAUGCUGUUUUUAAUUAUUAUUUACAGAACUAUUUCCCACGUCAUGCUACAGAGAAUGUAGCAGCAUUGAAUGCCAAAUAUGAUGGUGGUAAAAAAGAUUGGUUAAUAUUUUUUAAAAACGGCGAUGGGUUUUGCAAUUACAAAUCAUUACGGAAUAUAAAACAGAUACUAUAUUUAAUCAAAUUGAAGCAACCACUAUCAACCUUCCCCAGUGAGGAAUCAUUCUGGAAGAACUAUGGGUUUGGCAUCUCAACUUCACCAAUGUUCCAUAAAGUUAGGAUCAAUAGAUUGAUUGAUGAUUUUAAUUUAUUGUUUGAAGGUUUGACUUUUCAAGAGUCGAUUAAUCAAUCUGAAUUUUUCAAAACUUUUCUCACUGAAUAUACUAAAGAAACCCUGAUAUUUGAACUGAAACAGAGAAUCGGUGAACAGCUUGAUUUUGACAAACAGUCCUUGGGAGAGGUAACUUACAAGCUAAACCAAAUCCAAGAAAUAGAAUAUUUUUUGGAAUAUUCUUUGAACAAUUUCCAAAAGUAUGCAUAUUUGUUUGCCAGGCUUGCAAAACUUGUAUGUAUUGGUGACAGCAAGCAGGUGGAUUGUAGGAAUGUGUUAGAUACAAUUAUGUAUCGAUUCAACAAAACCACAGUUUUUGAUGAUAUAUUUACUUAUUCAGAAGUAAAUAAUCAAGCAGGAACUUUGGGUGUGGCCCGAGAAUAUUUUUAUUGGAUCCAAAUGCAUGGUGACGAGUUGCUACAUAGCAUUCAAAAACUUGUUUCUGACAUUAAUUCAUGGAAACAAAUGUACUAUUCGAUUUGUCAUAUAAACCUGGAGUUAAAGCUAAUGGAACCCCACAAUACAGUAUCGCAAGAACUGCAAGAUAAUUCCAAUGGCCAAGAACUUCUCUCUAGACGCGAUAGCUCAUUAUCUAUUAAUCCUAUCCCUGAAGAAGAGCUUGAAGACGACAAUUUGGGUUUUUUGUCAAACUUUGUUGGAACAAGUAAAAAGGCAAGGUAUAAGAAACUAGUAGUAGAAAAAUCAGAAAUUGUCAAAAAUAUAAUGAAGCUAAAUUUGGAAAUCAAAUGGUCACAUGAAUUAAUUGCUGCAGAGAUAUCUGAUUUCUUAAAGUUUAGAACUGAAUUUUUAAGAUUCGGUAUAAAGAGAUAUAUUUCUGAAGAAAUUAAACUGUUGAAACAACGCAGCACUGAAUUAUCAAAGUAUGUAUUUUUAGUCCGAAAAGACAAAUAG